AAAAUGAACGGUAAUUGGUUUAAAUUGUUAUGCAGUAAAAAAGAAUUGCAAUUAGAAGGUACCUUAAACGGAGGACAAAGUUUCAGAUGGAAGAAACAUCCUCAAAAACACGAACAAUGGAUCGGGGUGUUUUUAAACAAGCUGUGGAUUUUAGAGCAAAAAGACGACUGCAUAAUGUACCAGGUACACGAGAAAAAAUCACAAAUUCAAAACGAAAAAUAUUACAACCAGUUACUAAAAAAUUAUUUCCAACUGAAUUUAGACCUUCGAAAACACUACUCAGAUUGGUCAGAAUCCGAUCAGUAUUUCAAAGACGCCGCCAAACAAUUUUACGGGAUCAGAAUUCUCCAACAAGACGUAACCGAGAACAUUUUUUCGUUUAUUUGCUCCUCGAAUAAUCACAUUUCAAGAAUCACCAGCAUGGUGGAAAAAUUGGCGCAAUUCUACGGGGACGAAAUCUGCCAAUACGAUGGUCAAACGUAUCAUUCCUUCCCUACCGUUAACUCAUUAGCUCCAGCCUCAGUGGAGCAGAAACUCAGAACGAACGGGUUCGGAUACAGAGCGAAAUAUAUCAGCAAAUCCGCUCAGUAUAUCGUAGAUAAAGGAGGAGAGGAUUGGUUAGAGAAACUCAAGGAAAUGGAUUACACACACGACAGAAAAGCUUUAAUGGCAUUAACCGGUGUUGGUGCUAAGGUUGCAGAUUGCAUAUCGUUGAUGUCGCUGGGACAUCUCGAAUCAGUUCCGGUUGAUACUCACGUUUACCAAAUAGCAAAGAGGCUCUACAUGCACAAAUUGCCCACUACUAAGACUGUUACUGAUAAAAUUUACAGCCAAAUAGGCGACUAUUUCAGGCAGCUUUAUGGUCCUUAUGCAGGAUGGGCUCAAACAGUGUUAUUUUGCGCGGAUUUGAAGAAGUUCCAAGGCAAUAACAUCGAGAUAAGUGAAGCGAAGAAUCCAAAGAAGAUGAGAAGUUAA